CCCGCAACACUCUCAAACCGAGCGCCAAUCACCGCCACUUGCUCCACUAGCUGGUGACAUCUUUCCUGGCCGCCAUGUUCUUUCUGUACAACCGCACCAGGAAGAAGGCCAGGCGUGUGACCUGGUACAGGCACAGCCCCCUCCACACGGUGGCGACAGUCACGGGUGCAUUCAGCCCCAGCGACGCUAUGCCGCUCGCCACCUGGCUCAGCUGGAGACGCUUCAUGAGAUAUAGAUAGCUGUUGGGGGCGAACAGCUGGAAGGUGUAGACCGAUGCAAUGAAGGCCAGCUGCCGCAUCGCCAGCAGAAUCCCCUCUCCCGCGCCAACCAGCGGCAGAAGCAGCAGUGACAGACCUGACGUACGCACAUACGCACACAGGCCAUGUGUUGCUACACACGUUGCCUCAGGGCGUCAUCCGCUCAUCCAUCCAUCCAUCUGCCUGCACGCUGUGUGUCUGUCCGUUGGUCUCUCACCCAGCCAGGGCGAUAGGUGCCUGAUUGUGCUGAUGAGCUCAGCGGCCACCGCAGCAUUUCCCGCCUGAUUCGUGAAGAACGGCGCCCCGACGUAGGACACGAGUGAGCUGCCAACUGCCACCAGUACCCCAGACACUGCGCCGAGUUGGAGCAGCCGUGUUUGAAUGGGUGUUGACAGGGCCACCGAUGACGCACUGACGUCCUGUGGCUCAUCAGUAUCGUCCUCGGCCGUCCUCGUGUAGAGGUACUUGGGAAGGUAGGCUUGUGCGGUUUGGCUGAGGGCGUCACAGGGCGGGCAGAAACACUGGUACAAGUUCAGCGUCACCUGAACACACACGCAGCGGACACAAAUUCUGGCCCGCCUCAGAGGCUGGUCGUGUGCAUGUACUGGCUGUCUUGCCUGAUGAGCGGCAAGGGAGAUCGCCCCAAACACCGAGGCCACGUGGGUCAUGAACCCAUAGAAGGACACCUUGCCGGCGAACUGCAGAAAGCACGGCCCAAAGAAGGCAAGGAACUGCCGCAUUUCCGCCACGUUCGGCGGUCUGGUGAAAGCCGCCCAUCGCUGCCUCCUCUCCUCGUCAUCAGAUGUGCCCGUCGCCCCCUCGUUGCCCAGCAUGAGUGUCCGCUUGAGCAGCUGUGACGCCAGGAUGAUGCUGGCAAGUCCCUGGGCCACCGCAGUGGCCCAUGCAGCCCCCGCGAUGCCCCGCUUUAGCACGAAGACGCCGACAAAAUCGCCGAUCAGGUUGGUCACCGAGGAGGCCAGUGUGGCCAGGAAUGGCGUCCGUGUAUCCUUGAGUGCCAAGAGCGCUCCCUUGCUGCACAUCAUCAAGAGUGCGAAGGGCACGCUCAAGGCCCGGAUCCGGACGUAUGUCUGUGCGGCAGGCAGCACGGCGGCGGCGUUGGCGCUGGUAAACGAGGAGAGGAUGGGCGACGUGAAGGCCAGCAGUGCCGUCAUGAGAGCCACGCCGACCACAGAUGAUAUCCACAGGCUGGUCGAUAUGACUCGACGCGCUCUCCCGUACUGCUGCUGCGCGAAUGUUGUGGCAUAUAGGUUGGUGGUCGCGAUGCCCAGGAAGCCAAAGAGGUAGACGGAGGAGUCCACCACCUGCGUUGCGGGACCUAAAGCAGCCAGCUGCACCGCAUCCACACGACCAACAGCAGCUGCAGACAGACAGACAUACCAAACACAAGGCAAGGACACGUUGGUUGGUGGGAAGCCAGGCGGGUGUGAAGGUCUGUCUGUCUGUCUGUCUGCAGCGCACGCACCUGUAUCGAUGAGGCUCAUUAACGGGUCCUGUAUCCAGAUGAGCAUGACGUUGAGCAUAAACAGCAACAGUUCACCGAAUGACGGCACGACAGGAGGCGCCGAAGCAUCAACAGCAUCAGAAGAGGGCACGUUCAGGAGAGUGGCGGCUGGAUGGUGCGUUAGCUCGUCGGUCACCAAAUACGCAUCGGGAGGCACCGCAGUGACGAUGGCUGAAGCGUCGCCAGCUGUGGGUGUGAAGAGAACGUUGCCGCCUGUCCCGGUGGCAGUGGUGUCGGUGUCCGUGGCCUGGAGGGCCUCAGGCUUCGUUUCGCUGCCCACAUCUGCUACAGAACCGUAGAUAGAGUGCGGCCGUCCGCCAAAAUGUCGGGACGAGCAACAGAGCAAUGAGCGGGAUGGGGGGGAGAAUGCGGGGACGGCCGACCUCUUGAUAGCCGAGAGGGAGGAUCUCCAUGAGGCCGCGUUGGCGCACAGAUGAAAGACAAGAAGGAGGAAAGUCCUGAUGGUGCGUUGAAAGCUGAGAAGCGGCACAGGAGGCGGACGAAGAUGCCGCGUUGUCAUUAGAUCUAAGUCCUCUCCCCUUCUCCUCCACCCUGAGAGCGGUUUCUCCUCCUCCACAAGCAGUCGCC